GGUUCUCCUGGGGGAGUCGCAGUCAUGGGCAGCUCUGUGGGAGCCUCCGGCCAACCUCCAUGCAUCCGGCAAAACCCCAGUUCUCUCUCUCGACGCCACGUCCACCCAUUACAGGACCCCCAAACCAGGACCGAGCAGCACCCAGGUCUGGGUUUGAGUCACUCUUCUCACGUAGCCCGGGCUAGCUCUGGCCACGGCCGAAAGCUAGCCAGAACUCUGCUACGAGCAGCCUCGCGCCGGCCACUCGGAAACCACGGCGACGGCCGGCGUUCCAGUUACCAAGCCAAUCUUAGCUUUGCCCCUGGGGCACAUCGUUCCCACCAGGCCUCCGGCUACACAGCGCCCUGCUAUUUCCCCUCCAGAGCCCCUGCCUCGUUCACUGCGCAGGCUGGACCGUGCAGCGACUGAGGCUGCUACUGAGUUCUCCCUGGCUCGUUCACCUCACAACUCGACCGACCCAGAAGGGCCCAUAAAAGCUCCUGCGAAGGUUUGCGCCAGAUUUAUACUGUGGCAAUAGCAAGUACAAAAAUAAGGCCAAGAGCCACAGGGCCCUGCCUCCUCUUCUGCACAUCAUCCAAGCUGACGGGAAACUCCCCGAGGCCCGGACAUUGCCUGACUCUCUGGAGAGUCAAGAGACACACCCGCCCUCGUUAGACAACCAGCACGGGGUGAAUGGGACUUUGACUGAAGCAGUGGGACCAACCCCAGCUUGGGUUGGUAAGAAUGAUUGACGGGGGCCUUUCAUUUGCCUCCUGGUGUUCAAGCCUGUCGGGGUGGCUUUGCUCCAUAACUCUGGAGCCGAGGGGCCCAACUUAAUUUGAAAACAAGGGCCUCAUAUCACCUGGCUGAGGCCCUAGGACGGGACGACUUCGUCUCUCACCGACGUGCGCUCUGCUCCUCAGAAGUUCAUCGCUCCGACGGCUGGCUCUCCGGCAGGGCGUCUCCACAGCCACAAGCUGCAAGGUCACUGGCGGGGAGGUGAUGUAGGCCGGGGAAUAGGCAGCAGGUUAAUGCUGAAAGACGGGGUCCGCUUUCUGGGCAAUGCAGAGGGAAGAGUGGAAAUCCCAGCUCUCCCAGCAGACAUGCCUUCAAGGGGGCCAGGCCUGGGUAGCGCCUUAAAAACGGUUCCUUCUUGUGUCACGGCGCAGUCCCCCGCAGUAAUAAUGCUGCAUAAACAGACCCCUAAGCCCUUUAUCCCCAGCGGUGUAACCGAUCCCCCACCCCGUCAUGGAGACUGGCUGUAAAAUCCAGCUCCGGCUCAUUAAUCCCCACACCCCCCCGAAUGGCUCCUUUGUGUACGGGGCGCAGGGGUGGAUCCACCCACCGGCCUGUUCACUUCUAGGACCCGAGCGGGGUGUCCGCCAUGCCACGAGCGUGGCUGUUCUCAGCCACGGUCCAGAAGGACCUGUCCCCUGCAAGGCUGCCAGCCGGGUGCCCCGGCCCCAGAACGUGUCCCCGUGGAGCAGCAGCUGUUUCUCAGGUCCCAGGGUGACAGUGGGGGGUUGUCCUAUGGCAUCCGGCCCUGUCCCCCCUGGCAAAGCCAGGCACCUGCCGGUGGUGGGCGGGCAGCAGCCCUUCCGAGCUCCUUUCUGGCUUCCACCCUGCACCAAAGCAGCCGGGGAGGAAGGUGGCGUCGCCGCGGGCGGUGAGCAGCAGCCAGGUCAGGCGGUUUCCGGCAGCCGGGUAAAGCAUUCGUUCCGCUGCCCAGCGACGGGAAAAUAUGAGUCUGGAGCAGACAACUCCCCGGCCCCCGAGGGGGACUGUCUGCCCGGCACGGAGACCCUGGCCCGAGCGCGGGAGGCCGUAACUCACUGCAGUGACAGCCAGCUCCGCGAGCAGAGGGGAACGGGGGUAAUUUGCCAUCAAGUCCUGGGGCUGUUCCUCGGAUGCUGGGCCAGACGCAGCUCCCUCCUCUGCCUUUGCUUGGGAUCCUGGUCGCUGCUUCCCCCGGGGCAGCUGCGACUGUUGGCUCCGGAGAGAACCAGGAUUUUUAACAGUCGCGACCAGCGCGAGGGACCCAAGGAGAAUAAAUCCCCAUCGCUUCUGGCCCUCGACACGCUUUCCCCAAGCAGCACGGACAAUGUACGCACCCGCCGAGUGAAUAUUAAAAACUUACCCCCCUCGCCCGCCCAGAUCCGGUGUCCCAAUCUCCUAGUUUGAAGUCCCCCGGGGGCUCGGCCACUCCUGUCGUGGCUCGGUGGAAUUCUGAGAGCAGCUGCCCUUUCCCAAGCUCCAUGAUUUCCCAGCGAGAUUAUUUCCCUGCUAUCGCAGGAUCUCGGAUCCGAAGCAGGAGUGAAACAGGCCAUCCAGUAGAGCUAGAGCAAGCGCAGCGGGAGACCCUGGUGUUCGCAGGGAUGAGCAAAGGAGGUAAAAUACAAACAAAACAGGCCCGAAUGGCCUGCCCAGGCCCUCCGCACUUGGGCUGACGUCUGAGCGAGCUUCUGCCCACUGGGGCUCUGACUAGCCACCUGGGCCUAGAUUCUGAAUUCAGUCCACACUGGUGCAGACCGGGAGGAACUCCAAAAUCAGGGGCACGGCUCCAGAGAAGCAGAGAUCGGGAUCGGGGCCCAUGGAUGGCUCCCUUGGGCAGUACAGAAAUACCCACCCCGGCAAGGCGAAUAUUUGCACUCCUCCUAACCAGGCUCUCGUACAAGUCAUUCUGUGCACAGCUGCCCGCCAACACUCCCCCCUCAUUGGGUCGCCAGGGGCUAGAAUCAAGUAACCCGGCUUGGUGUUAAUUACAGGCAGCCAGGCUGUUGGUGCUGCUGACACAAAACUUCCCUUCUAACCCUCCACGUCAGGCGGUUUUCAGCACGGCUGGGUCAGGGCUCUUGGGCCCUGCUUCUGAGACUUGAGCCCAAAGGGAGCGAGGUGCUGAAAGACCCACAGGCGGGAAAGGGUGAGGAAUAUUAACCCCCAUGCAAUGCCUGUCCCACUGGAGCCAAACCUGGAGGAAUUUCUCAGUGUUCAGCUACCCAAUUUUACGGCUUUCAGCUGCUUGGGAAAGGUCCCUACAACUCAAUAGGAGAAGCCAGCUUGGGGGAGGGGGCGAGUCACCCGACCCGAUGAGAGACGAGAGACGGAGCCGUCUACAACCCAGCCAGGCACCACAACCCACAACCCACCAGCGAGGGGAGGACGGGCGAGGCGAGGCCC